AUGCCGCCACCACCACCACCGCCACCGGUUUCAAACCAACACGGAACUCCAGUUGAGGUGGCCUCGGUAACGACUGAGUCCGUCUCCUCCCAGCCGACAUGGGAGAACAUUAGGCUGCUGCAGGGGCUGGUGCAGCUUACACGGUGCCGCCGCCGUGUGCAGCCGCAGUUUGAGACCUUCAGUCUCGAUGAACCGGACUACAUCGAGUACAACCUGAAAGGAUACGGGCCCCAGGAUCUCGGCGAUGGUGAUGCCGUGGCAUAUGAUCGCAGUGCGCGGCGUCAGAUCGGGUCUGACAGCCGUGGCGAUGCCACCGUCCCAGCGGCGCAGUCACUUCGGUCGGCGGGCGUCGCACCUCCGUCACCUUCUGCCGCAGAUGGUGGACCCUAUCAUAUGGGGCCGUACAACGUGGGGCGUGACCGGCAGCCGCGCUGCCAGGCGCGCACAGCACAAUCGCCGCCGGCCCUGCCUGGUGCUGUUUGCCGAGGAACCUUUUCUAGGGAUCACCCUUCACCUGGUCGCGGGGCUGAGGAGGAGGAGGAGUGGGACACUUCAUUGUCGGGCCUGCACGGCGUCGAGGGCGAAUACAGCGACAGCGGUGAUGGAGCCGGUGCUGCCUACGACCGCGAGGCGCACGAUGACGCCUGCUACCACUCUAAGCGGCCGUCACCGCAGCAUCCCAAAGGACAACCGCACGAGUACUCGUCAUCGUGGCAGCCAUCGGCGGAGAACAGCAGUCGCCGCCCCUUCACCUCUGAUACCCGGGCGGAGCGCGAGAAACGUCAGCCUGGCCACUACCCAGCUUCGAACUCUCACAGGCUUAGCAGUGAUGGCGGCGCGCGCUGGCACUCAGGGCAUGACGGCUGUGGGGAUGCUGCUACAGCUGAGCGCCAAGGCGUAUAUGACCCCAGAGCCGGGGAGUACAACGUAGAGAGCAGCCACCCGCAGUUCUUCCAGGGGGUUCUGCCGGUGACGGCGCAACGGUAUGAACGACUGCCCGUGGCUGGCGCCAACGGAGGCCCGAGUGGCACCAUCGGCAACGAUCACAAUGGCGAAGUGCAUGAAGGCGAGGGCUUCGAUGACGGCGAUGGCGCAGCUGGUUGGGAGGACGCUCUCGAUGAGUGGGAUGGCGACGAGGCCGCCGGUGGCGAGGAGUGGAGGGGCAGGGGGGACGGUGCGUAUCGCAGCCAUGAUGAUGGCACCGAGGGUGAGCCAUCAUACCACCGGCUUUCUCCAUCUUCAUCGAAGGCGCAGCAAACUUACCCACCCCAGCGUGCGGCGUUGCCAGUGGAGGCGUCGGCUCCUCUACUUCCGCAUCCAUGCCAGCGCUUCACCAGGGGUGUCCAAUGGGAGGCGGCUAACGUGUCGACGUUGCAGCCGCCGAUGCUCGUCGAGGGAGACGCCAGGCGGCUUUCCAGGUGGGAGAAUAAAAAGAGGCGAUCGAAGCACAACCCGCGCGCUUUCCAGAACAGGACGACGUACACGUGGGUGUCAACGAACACGGUCACUUCGGUGAUGUUGCCUCCCGUCACGGUGCAACUGGUGCCAAUGCCGACGUGUGCCAUGACCGAGGAGGGGCAUUCUGUGGAUGGUCGUUGGGCUGGUCCUGCUGCUGCGUUCUCUCCGCCGUCGCCACACACCCUGAGUUCCACAUCAGUGUCAGGCUAUCAGCAGCGACGUUCACAGAUGGAGGUGCUCGAUGACAGCGCGGAGUCUAGUUCAAAGACGCGCAAUCUCGUCGGCAACUCUCUUCCGUACCUGCCAAGACGCAACAAGGUAGAGCAGGGUGUGGUGUACCGCAGCAUGCCUCAGCUGUGA